GUUUUAGCUGAUAGUGCUGCUCUUAAAAAAAGAUUUAAGUAUUUUUUCAGUGUACCUUCAUAUAUACUAAAUUUACAUUAUUGAAAAACAAUUUAGGUAUUAUUUUGACAUGAGUACACAGCAUAUAAACGCUCACCUCAGUGACAGUUGCUAGAAGCAGAAUUUAAAAGAACAUUUUACAUUAAAUGUGUAAUAUAUAUUAAAGUUAGUUAUUAUGAAUGACAUUAUAGUACACCUUGCGAAAUUAAAAAGAUUAAACCGUGCGCCGGAAAUGUUCGAAAGUCCGAGCUGCCUUGAAUGCGCCAAAACGCCAACACGGAAGUUAUAUGGAAUCUUGGAUUGGAAACAUGUUUUUUCAUUAGUACAUCUGUGUGCUAAAAUACAGCUUUCUGUGAACUUGCAUUUUUAGUUUUCUACGCUUCGAAUCAAGAGGUCAUGUCUCAAAAGGAACUAAAACAAGCAUUUGUCAGUAAUCUGACUGGCACCAGUCUGCAGGAAGUGGUACUGGGUUCCUUUAUCUCGCCAGUGUGCCUUCUCAACAGAGGUCUAAUGUGGAUUCUUCUUCAACAGGCCACGGGGAUUCUUCCGUCAUUUUGUCACCUGCUUUUAGACUUUGCUGCCCUUAUUUUACCCCUGGUCAUCUCGUGUACAAUUUUCAGUGAUAUUCUUCUUCAGGUCAUCGUAACCUUAACCCUUGUCUCAGUGUGUAUGUUGUGCUUUAUCCACUACACCUACCACACUAAAACCACUUUCAGCACCUUACUUCAGAGCCACGUUCAAUUCAACCAGGUUCCCUUUGUGACUGUUUUUAGAGUGUUUGUUAACGUGAAAACAGCCAUCAGCAUACUUGCUGUAGACUUUGCCGUUUUCCCAAGGCGAUAUGCUAAAACAGAAUCCUAUGGGACAGGGGUAAUGGACUUUGGUGUUGGUGCUUUUGUCUUUGCAAAUGGCCUUGUGUGUCCAGAAGCACGGCGGAAAAACAUCUCUGGAUCAAAGAUUAAUUACAUUAUAAAGCAGCUUGUGUCUGUCUGUCCCUUGGUUGUCCUUGGUAUGGGACGGCUGCUGAGUGUCAAAAUGUCAGACUACCAUGAGCAUGUGACAGAAUAUGGUGUUCACUGGAAUUUCUUUUUCACACUUGCCAUCAUCAGAGUUGGGGCCUCAAUGCUUUUGAUUGUUCUCCCAAUCCACAAUUCAUGGCUUAUUUCCCUCCUGAUCAGUGGACUUUAUCAGGUCACUCUGGAGACAACGGGACUAAAGACCUUUAUCAUCCGCAACACUGACAGAGACAAAAACUUUCUACAUGCUAACAAAGAGGGUAUAUUCUCUAUGGUUGGUUAUGUAGCCAUCUACUUGGCAGGCGUUCAAGUUGGUCUUUAUGUGAUGCGCCAAAGGUCACAGGUGAAAGAGUGGCUGAAAACAAUAUUACUCCUCUUGCUCGCCAGUUUUGUGCUGUACGCUGUUUUAUACAUAAGUCAGAUACUAGUGGAGCCUGUGUCACGGCGAUCAGCUAAUUUGCCCUUCUGCCUCUGGACUGUUGCACAGUCUUUGUUUUUUUUGUCCUGCCUUGGCUUAGUUGAUGUGGUAUUGCUGUUAUCCAAAACAGCAUCAGGUUGUCACUCUAUACUCUCACCGUGGCAUCUGCAUAAAAAACAAUCAAAAUCAACUGGUCUGGUCAAUUCGACUGUAGACACAUUGAACUGUAACCGUUUAUUUUCAGUGUAUGUUUUACUAGUGUACAUGUUUAUUAACUGCACUGUUGUAUAUGUUCUUCAUAUAUGGGGGAUUACAGUUAAAUUUUGGUGAAAAAAAAUGUGUAAAUAUGAUACUGAGAUAACUUUAAUGUAGUGUAGUGUUUGUUUUCAUAUUUUGUAUUAUUAACUGGUGCUUGUUUGUGUGGUA